AGCCCCACAGCCCAACUGCCGCCAUGGAGGCCAUCAAGAAGAAGAUGCAGAUGCUGAAGCUGGACAAGGAGAAUGCCAUCGACCGCGCCGAGCAGGCGGAGGCCGACAAGAAGGCCGCUGAGGACAAGUGCAAGCAGGUGGAGGAGGAGCUGAUGCACCUCCAGAAAAAGCUGAAGGGGACGGAGGACGAGCUGGACAAGUACUCGGAAAACCUGAAGGACGCGCAGGAGAAGCUGGAUCUGACUGAGAAGAAAGCCUCCGACGCUGAAGGUGAUGUGGCAGCUCUCAACCGACGUAUCCAGCUUGUGGAGGAGGAGCUGGACAGGGCUCAGGAGCGCCUGGCCACAGCCCUGCAGAAGCUGGAGGAGGCUGAGAAGGCUGCAGAUGAAAGCGAGAGAGGCAUGAAGGUGAUAGAAAACCGGGCCAUGAAAGACGAGGAGAAGAUGGAGAUCCAGGAGAUGCAGCUCAAGGAGGCCAAGCACAUCGCUGAGGAGGCUGACCGAAAAUACGAGGAGGUAGCUCGAAAGCUGGUCAUCCUGGAGGGUGAGCUGGAGCGAGCGGAGGAACGUGCGGAGGUGUCUGAACUAAAAUGUGGUGACCUGGAAGAAGAACUCAAGAAUGUCACAAACAAUCUGAAAUCGCUGGAGGCAGCCUCAGAAAAGUAUUCUGAAAAGGAAGAUAAAUAUGAAGAAGAAAUUAAACUUGUGUCUGACAAACUGAAAGAGGCUGAGACCCGUGCUGAAUUCGCAGAGAGAACAGUUGCAAAACUGGAGAAGACCAUUGACGACCUGGAAGAAAAACUUGCCCAGGCCAAAGAAGAGAACGUGGGCUUACAUCAGACACUGGAUCAGACACUAAACGAACUUAACUGUAUAUAACCAAAACAGAAGAGUCUUGUUCCAGCAGAAAUUCCAGAGCUCCGUGUCUUUCUCUUCUCUUUUAAGAAGUUGCUUUUGUUACUGCAUCUUCUCUUUGCUGGAAACAUUGAGCAAAUUAUGAAUACAUGACCAAAUAUUUUGUAUCAGAGAAGCUUUGAGCGCCAGUUAAAUCUGCUUCCUUCCUUUUUUUCAAAUGGCACCAGCUUUUUCAGCUCUAUUUUUAUCCUUAAGUUGCAUUUACUCCUAAGAUAGGCAGGGUAUUUUAUACUGAGCAUACUUUCUUCAGAUGAGGGCAUUUGGUUCCUGGGAGAAUAGACGACCCCACACUUUCAAAGAAUACAGACUCGAGUAUCUAGUCAUGAGCUGAUUUAAAACGCUGAAGAACAAAGCCUUCUGGGCCACCAUUGAUCACACUACAGGAAGCCAGGGACCAUCACAUUAGUACGGGUGGGGAUUUUCCAUCCAGAGCAGGAAAAAAAAAAAAAAGGGGGACUGUAGUGAGAAGUCAUAAACCACAGGCAGAUUAGCCUAAUCAUCUUGGCCCUUUUCCACACUCCACUGGGCAGAGCGAACAUCCUCUGAGCAGUCAGCAUGAGAAUGCUUGGGAAAUAGUCAUAGUAACAACCCAAAUGUUUGCUGGACAAUCCUUGAUGUUAUGCUCUUCUACAUGUUUCUUUCAUUCUAAAAUUGGUCUUUGAGAAGAUGUCUUAUUCCAUGCUUGUCUGCUCUGAUAUGAGGUCAUCUACUCAGCAGCAAUGAAUAUGGUAUUCAGUCCUACCGAGGGCUGCCAUAUCAAAAAGACUGCUAGCCACCAAUAAAUUGGACCAAAGAGGUUUUUCUAUUAACAAACAGAAGGGGCCUCUCUGGUAGCAAAGUAGAGAUGAAAAAGUAAUUGGCCCAGCUUCAUCUCCUCCAUACUUCAGGGAAUGGCAGAUUGAAGAUUUACUGAUUUAAGACUUCAUUUCCUUCUUCGGGACCAAGUUAAUAAAAGACCAAGAAACUGCUGAUUGAACUGGAUCUGGAGUAUUUUGUAGACAGGGCUGCACAUGUUAGCUUUGUUAUAUUUCUGCUUUCUCAGUUAACAUCUCAGAGCUCAAACAUUCCACAUUCCCCAGCAGCGUGGGGGCCAACUCAAGUUUACAAUUCUGGACAAAAUCACCCUGCUUCUAGCUUGUCCACAUCCCCUGCCUGUCACUCCUAUUUAUUAAGCAUCACACUACCAGGAGAUACACUAGCAAAUUGUGCAACUGAAUAAAACCGAAACUUUUCAUUUAGAUUCUUGCAACUGUAUCAUAUGUAAUAGUAUCUUUUUCUACAUUUUGGUCAAAUAAAUUUUUACAUAAACUA